AUGGUUCCGUACAUUAUUCCUUGUGAUAUCAUAUCCCCACGUGUCGCUGUUCUGAAGGUCAAACUACAAAAGUUGGGAAAUCGAACGCUCAAAAUGGUACGGUGCGGGAGUAAGAACGACAGAGGAAACCGUUUGAUCGAAUUUGCGGAACAACAUCAAUUCUCAAUAACGAACAUUUUCUUCGAGAAGAAAGCGAAGCGUCUCUGGACAUGGAGAAGCUCAGACGCGAGAGCUCUGAGGCAAAUUGAUUAUGUGCUGACCGAUACGCCAAGAUUCUUUGCUGACGUCUCUGUUAUAGGAGAAAAUGUGAUCGACUGUCUCCGAUCAUCGGCUUUUGCGUUCGGUGAUCCUCUUCGAUGCCAAGAAAGAACGUCGAGUUCUGCAUUUGCAAAGAACACUCACAUGAAUACCGGAAGCAAUAUCGAUGCCGACUAUGAAGAUCUAGUGGGAAAAAUAACUGAGGCCGUGAAAGCAUCGAGCAUUGCGAUAGAGCCCACAAGGCGACGACGUAUAUCGACAGAAAACUGCAGAUGA